GGGAGGGAGACACAGACAGAGACACGGAGAGGGAGGGAGACAGACACGGAGAGGGAGGGAGAGAUGUUGAGGAACACGCGCAGCUCUUUUACGCGCGGGUGGGCAGGUUUUGCGCCACUCGCUGCUGCGGAACGAGCCUGUAAAUCUUUAUUUUUUGGGGAAGAAACGAGCUGCCCGACUCUUCGAAGUAUGACGUCUUUGGAUGCGGCAUGUUUCCCGCGUUGCGUCCUCGGGCUGCGGAGUGCGACUCAUGGGAUCAUGUAGUAGAUGGAGAGCCGCGUUCAGCUUCGGACCCCCGAGGGCGCAGUCCAAGCUGCCCGUCUUCUUGGCCAUGAUCUUUCUCUUCACUUACCUCUUUUACUGCCUCAACGGACACUGCGAGUCCUCGCCCGGACCCGUUCCGGACCAGCAGAACCCGAUUCAGAACUAUGACGGGCGCGAGCAGCGCGCCGCGUUUGGCGCGUCUCAGGUGGUCGGCGAGCAGCUGCCGGACUCCCCGAACAGCGACGCGCCACCCAAGAACAUGUCCACAGCCGACACCUUCGGCAGCAAGAAGUUCCCCCAGGCCAUCAUCAUCGGGGUGAAGAAAGGAGGCACCCGGGCUCUGCUGGAGUUCCUGCGCAUCCACCCGGACGUCAGAGCCGUCGGCUCCGAGCCGCACUUCUUUGACCGCUUCUACGACAAGGGGCCGGACUGGUACAGGGGCCUCAUGCCGCGGACCCUGGAGGGCCAGAUCACCAUGGAGAAGACCCCCAGCUACUUCAUCACCAAGGAAGCGCCCCGCCGCGUCUUCUCCAUGAGCCGCCACACCAAGCUGAUCGUGGUGGUGCGCGACCCCGUGACCCGCGCCGUCUCCGACUACACGCAGACGCUGUCCAAGUCCCCCGGGCUGCCGUCCUUCCAGAACCUGGCCUUCCGCAACGCCACCGCGGGCCUCAUCGACACGUCGUGGAGCGCCGUGCGCAUCGGCAUCUACGCCAAGCACCUGGAGAGCUGGCUGCGCUUCUUCCCGCUCUCGGGCCUCCUCUUCGUCAGCGGCGAGCGGCUGGUGGCCGACCCGGCGGGCGAGAUGGGCCGGGUCCAGGACUUCCUGGGGCUGAAGCGCGUGGUGACGGACAAGCACUUCUACUUCAACCAGACCAAAGGCUUCCCCUGCCUGAAGAAGCCCGAGGGCAGCAGCAGGCCUCGCUGCCUGGGGAAGUCCAAGGGCCGGCCCCACCCCCGGAUCCCCCCCGACGCGCUGCGCCGCCUCCGAGACUUUUACCGGCCCUUCAACCUCAAGUUCUACCAGAUGACCGGCCACGACUUCGGCUGGGACUCCUGAAGGUCCGUCCCGAGGACGAGGACGUCUCCUAAAACACUCACCAAAGCGCGUCCCUUCAUCCCCAGACCGGACCGCCCAGAAGGUCCACAGAGACCAGCCUGAAGACGGGCGCGUUGAAGGACGUAUGACAGGAGGUGUCCUUCUGAACGGUCCUUCUGAAGAUCCGGCACACGCAGCAGGAUGAGAACUGGACCAGAAACUUAAACCACAGCUUUGAUGUUAUUUAUGUCGCCGAUGCAGAGCUCGUAUAAACCUUGUGGAUCUGAUUGUUUUCUACUUCAUUUAAUCGACCUUCAUCACGGUGCUUACAUGCAACUCUAUAUUUCUAAGAGCUUAAUUUAUUACAGCACAGUCUAUUGUUGAUAAGAGUCUUUUGUAUGUGAAAUUCUGCAGGAAGUUAUGACUAAAACCUUUGUUCAAACAUGUGUUUUGGGCUCAUUUUGGCACCGAGUUCAUGGUCUUUGUAUUUAUUCCAAACAGGAUCUAAAGUACAUCUGUUCAGCAGGUGACUUUAGUUUGGAUUUUGACUUUUGUCGAUGGGGGAGGUAGGAAAGCUUUAUUCAUAGUGUAUGGAAAUGGCUUUGAUGCCGUUGUUUAUUUACAAGAAACAAAUUAAAAUCUGAAGGUAACAGUUUGAAUUAAUUUAAAAAACAUUUCCAUUCACUAUUCUCGCACGCUUCACCUGCGAUCACCUGACCUCCGGCGGACCCUCCCCCACUUUCCCAAUCAGUCCUCUUCUCCGUCCCGGUUCCCCGGUCGUUCCCGGGGGGGUCAUGAGGCUGCAGGGAUCUACAUUUGGAGUCGA